UAUUCUCACCUGCCUCACACUUAGACACACUCACAAAUCACAACAGCCUUUCAGCUUCCACGUCACAGACUCACAGGAAAACUGCGGGUGUACAGAAAUGUAUGUGCACCAGAAUGUGAAGUUGUUAAACCUUGAAAGGAGGCACUUUAAUAGCCAGAUACAAGACUGUCUCAAACAGAAGCAACUUUCUCGCUAAAUCUCUGGAAACCCUCUCUCUCUCUCUAAACCACGCCCCCUCUCUCACCUAUCAUCACUACCACUAGAGCGAGGCCAUGGAGAAUUAUUCCUACAAUUCCUCCUAUCCGGAGUCCGGCCAUUCAUCGCCGCGAUCCCGAGAAAUUGAGUUCGAAAAUUCGGCGUCCUGGGAUGAUCAGCCGGCGCAGAAUUACAAGGUCAAGUUUAUGUGCAGCUACGGCGGAAAAAUUCACCCGCGGCCGCACGAUAACCAGCUGUCGUACGUCGGCGGAGAGACGAAGAUCCUCGCCGUCGAUCGGAGCAUCAAAUUCGGCGCUCUGCUCUCGAAGCUGAUCGCGCUCUGUGAUUGCGACGCUAUCUCGUUUAAGUAUCAGUUGCCCGGCGAGGAUCUGGAUGCGUUAAUUUCGGUGACGAAUGAUGAUGAUUUGGAGCACAUGAUGCAUGAGUACGAUCGGUUGUACAGGAUUUCGCCGAAGCCGGCGAGGCUGCGGGUUUUCCUGUUCCCGAACCAGGCUCCGAGCCUGAAUUCUUCCGCUCCGAGGUUCGGCUCGGAUGAGGCGAAGACGGACAAAGAGCGGUUUGUGGAUGCGCUGAAUUCCGCGCCGCAGCCGUCGGUGCCCGCUGCCGCCGCCCCACAGCCGGUGAGUAGCGUUGAUUUUUUGCUUGGAUUUGAGAAAGCAAAUGCUAUGGCGGCGGCGCGCCCUGCUCAUCAGCCGAUGGAGGAUCCGGUUAUCAUGCCGGGUCUGGACGAGAGGCUGAUCGGGUCGGAUCCGAUCCAAAAACACAUUCAGGAUCUCCAGAGACUGAGAAUUGAGGAACAACAAGGAAUGCACAGAAGGAAAAGCGACGACAACCUCUCCGCAGGAUCCACCGGCGGCGAGUACAAUAAAAUGCCCGAGAAGAUACCUCAUGUACCGGUCUCCACCGGUAUUCCCUAUUGGACGGAUAAGCAGGUUCCCAGCGGAGUUUUUCCGGCAAGCACCAUCAGUAACGAGAAGCAAGUUUAUGUGAUUCCGGCACCGGCAAACGCAUACCCUGCGCCGAUAAUGAGACCAGCCAACGGACCACCAACUCAGGGCUACUACGCGGUUCAGAGGAUGCCGACGGAGGUAUACCGGGACCAGCAGCCGAUGUACAACAUGAUUCCGCAAGGCGGCAUGCCUCCCAUGGCGCCGGCAAUUCAAACUAUGCCGCCGCAGAAGGUGGCGGGAUACUCCGAGGGUUUCGGGAUGGUGAGGCCGGGGACAACUGGCGGUGUUGGAAUGGUGGCGGAAGCCGGAUACGCACCGGUGGCGUACGACGGCGGCGCAGGGAGACAGGUGGUCUACUCUGCGCCCGGCGGCGUAAUGGGGCAACCGGCGCAGUACCAAGGUAUGGCCGCGGAUAUGAGACCGGCGGCGGAAGCAGGGGGCAAAGCUGCUGCCAAGGCUACGCAAGCGUCUGUGUGAUUGGGUUUGGGGGUAAUUAUAUCUUUCAUAGAUGUUACAUUUCUCGGAAUAAUUUGCGUUUUUGAUAAAGAAUAUUAUGUCGUCUAAUUCGAGAUUUAAUUACUGAGUUUUUGUAACUUCAACUUAAACUCUCAUGAGGUUUUGCUGAUCUGCUACUUCUCUGCGCGUUGUGGGAAUUAGCAAUUUAA